AUGGUGCUCAGUGGGGUGGGGGAUGCGCUUGGGUACCGGGGGGGCCGCUGGGAGUACUGCACCUCGGGAUCCCAGAUCCACGCCGAGCUGGCUGAGCUGGGGGGGCUGGAGGCCAUCACCCUCGAGCCCCCUGAGUGGCCCGUCAGCGAUGACACUGUCCUCCACCUCGCGACCGCCGAGGGCCUGGCCACAGGCCUGGAGGGGGAACCCCUCCUGCAGGAGCUGGCUCGCCGCUACGUGGCCGCCAUGGGCGACAUGGAGGGCCGCAAGCCGGGGCCCACCAGCAUCCUGGGCACCUCGCAGCUGCGGCCUGGGGAGCCUGAGGGCUAUCGCAUCCCCUUCAACCCCACCGGCACUGGCUGCGGGGCCGCCAUGCGUAGCCUGGCCAUCGGCCUCAGGUACCCACACGCCCGGGAGCUGCCGACGCUGAUCCGGGUGAGCAUCGAGAGUGGACGCAUGACCCACCACCACCCCACCGGGUACCUCGGAGCACUAGCGGUGGCCCUCUUUGGGGCGCUGGGGGCUCGGGGGGAGCCCCCAGAGCGCUGGGGGGCCGAGCUGCUGCGGGUCCUGCCCCUCGCAUGGGACUACGUGGAGGGUGCUGGGGUUGCCGUGGGGGACAACGCUGCCGCCUGGCCCUUCUUUGGGGAUGCCUGGCACCGGUACCUGCUGUCACAGGGGCUGCAUGAAAGCCACAGCCCAGUGACCCCCAGCGCCACUGAUUACCCCAUUGUCACCGGUGACACCAAUGACCUCAAUUUCCCCAAUGACACCAACGUCCCUGCUGACCCCAAUAUCCCCGUGUUCCUGGAGACCCCACAAUCCCCAGUGACCCCAGUGUACCUGGAAUCCCGGGGGCUUCUGGAGGGUCAUGGCCCACCACAGGUGCCGUCCCUUCCGUCACCAGCCGAGCGGGAUGCUGCGUACCUGGGCUGGGCGCUGGAGGGGUGGCCAGGGCGCAGCGGCCAUGACGCACCCAUGGUGGCCCUGGAGGCCCUGCUGGCAGCCGGUGGGUGCUGGGGGGACCUGUGUGCCAGGGCGGUGCUGCAUGGUGGGGACAGCGAUUCGACGGGGACCAUCGCCGCUGGGUGCUGGGGGCUGCGGGGGGGGCUGGCGCCCAUCCCCCCUGGGCUGCACUGCUGCCUUGAGUACCGUGGGCGGCUGCGCGAUGCUGCCCACCGCCUCCACGCGCUGGCCUGGGGGAAACGCUGA